AUGUUUCGUAAAAUGUGUUGUAGAGCUGUUCUAGAAACAAAGCUCUUGUCCAUUAUUUUCAUUUUCUUUUUAUCGCUUGAAUCCUGUACAUCGAGUGAAAAGAUCUGCGACCAGGCAGUUGUGGAAAGAACGCAGCAAAAGUCAGGGUUUCACAGGUCAGAAUUUUCACAGCCGCCUUACACAUGUCAAAAGUUGCCAGCUGUGUUUAUAAAACGAAUUGGGCUAAUCUCCACCGAUGACCAGCUUAAAUAUCAGAUUGUAUCCUUCUAUGGAUCAAGGAAAUUGCAAAGAGUAGCAUUUCUGUGGCUAUGAGUCUGUCUGAAUUAGUUUGCACUCUUUUCUGUUUUAUUUAUUUAGUUUACACGCUGGGAUAGUCAUUCUAAUUUGCUCCUAUGUUAGAACAAUAUAGAAAUUUUGUAGGAUAACUCGUCCUUUUCCGAAAUUUGUCGAUAUUCUUCAAUCCCACUCCUCACUCAACGGAUUGAUGAAUAAAAUCUACGCUAUAAAAUUGGAUACACGUUAAUAAAUUUGAUGCUUAGUUUACAAGCAUUAUUAUAUGUAAGCCUUCAAUAAUCCCCACGAUAACUAAUAACUGUGAGAAAAACGUGUUUGAUUUUUAGAGAUCUGAUUACCUACAUUGAAUGGGACAUUUUAAGCAGUUUUGGUGAGCAUUACAAUCUGCUGGAUUGUCAACUUUUGCUGGUUGAACAAUUUCCAAGUGGUAUUUACAUUGAUCCUGAUCAGGUCAAGAAUGAAGAGGAGUUUGGAGGCCCUGAGGUCAGAUCAAAGUUUACUAGUGAUACUUAGGUUGUGUUAAAUGGCGGAUUUUUAUUUUGUUGUCUUCCUCUGUGAUAAGCACUUCAUUAGUGUGGGUCUGAUUAAGGUCCAUCCUUAAUAUUUAAUUGAACAGCCCUAUAUAGCAAAAAUAUAUUUACGCCAUACACUUGAUGAUGCUUGCAGAGUAUCUUUACUCUGUUGUAGAUGGGCUUAGAGAUGUCUCUGUGAGUGAGCCAGAGGGAGAGUUACAACUUUACCAAGUGUCUCUCUGUCAUUUGCUUCAUGGGUUUCUGUUGUCUACCAAUUUAUGAGCAUGUUGCUUUGUGUGGCACAAUGAUAAACCAUACAUCAGUCAUUUGGUCAUAUUAAGUUCUUGCGAAGAGAGAGGAAUAAAGCUUUUUUUAUUGAGACAGUUUUUGUAUUUCCAGAAAAAAACACUUAUUGACAGUUGUAAAGACAUCGUAAUCAGAUGAUAGGAAAUUAGAAACAUCCUGAUUACAUGAAAACUUACUGUGGAAGCUAUUUUCGACAUGUUUGUCACUCAUCAGGUAUUAUUUAAAGAGAGUGUAAAUGUUGAAGCCCUGGCUCAUCACAGCUUUUCAAGUGAGAUGUUUGUAUUUCCAAGGAUAGCUGUUGACUCAAAGUAAGUCCCUUACUUUUCAUUAAGAAGGUCCUUUCAUCAAUAUGAUUGAAUUAAACAAGACAGUUUUGAGUUAGAAAGAAAUGUACCACUGAGUUUUUUAUUGCAUAGUUGGCUAAUUGAGUGGGUAGGAUGCUGCAAAAUUCUGUGUUUAUAUCUUUUUCCUUUUUAUGUAGACCAUAACUUUAUUCCAGUCCAAUGAAAUGUAAUGCCAACAAUAACACAAAUCUUAGUUGACAUUCAAUUUUUUAAUUGCUUUUCUUUCAUUUUGGCUUUUUUCCCCUCUUCCUUGUGCUUGUCAUAAUUUGAAGGAAUGAAAACUGAAAAUCAAAUUUGUUAAAAAAAAUUCAUUCUCAGUAGUUAUUCAGCCAUGAAAAAUGCCUGCCAUAUUUUCUCAUCAUAGACUGAAUAAGAGUCGUGACCUGGUGUCCAUAUUCUUUCACCACUUUAAAACAAGAUUUUUUAUUUCUGUAUAGAGUGAGUAUUAUAAGUGCAAACAUUACCAUUCCAAUUCAUCUACGAUACCAUGAGGCUGCUAGUGAUGCAAAAUUUGCUACAGUGUUACUUCCACCUCCAAAAGUCCUUGGAAGAUGUACUAAUGGUAUGUAAAACUCUUAAGAUACAAAGCUUUGUUGGACAAUUCUGUAUAAUUAAUUUAAUGAAUCUGUGCUUAUAUUCAAAUACGAAGGGAGGGUUUCUUUCAGGAUAAUACUUGGAUAGUAUAGAGAAAAAGAGGGGGAUUUUUCAUGUACCAAUAAAACAUGUUGCUAAAGAAUUCGGUGUAGUGGCCGGUCAAAGAAUCGUCAGAUGUCUGGUGCUUAACCCUUUAUUACUCCCAGGAUCUGAUUGUUAAUUCUCCCCUUUAGCUGCUACACAUUUCCUUGUAAAUAAGUUGCAAGAAUUUGGUUCUAGAUCAAGAUGACAACUUCUACCUGAUACAUUUGAGUACUCUCAUUACGAGUUUGCUGGAUAAUGUAUGGAUAUUGUAGGGAGAAGUUACUUGUGAAUCACCCCUGGGAAUUUAAGGUUUAAAAAAUACCAUGAAAAAGACACUAGUAAAUAAAUCAUUAGUCGUCAUAAUUGUAAUUGUCAUCCUUCAUGAUUGCAUAUCUUGUGAGGUAAAACAACCAGAGGUAGACUUUGUCAAUCCUUCACACCCUAACAUCAGUAUGCAUAUUCUCUAUACAGUUCUCUAUACAUUUUUGUAAGUGCUGACAAGGAGAAUUUGUUUAACAAUCAAGAGUUUCAUAAGUAUGUGAUCAUUUCCUCUAUUCUCCUGACCUUAAUGUUUGAUUCAGGUGUAAUGUUGAAGAAGAAAUUAGAUGUCAGUCACUCUCAGGGUCAAAGGGUAAAUCUGAACAUUUUUUAAUGUUUGAUAUCAGAAGUUUGCUUCCUGGCAUUUUCUGCAAAGCAGACAUGAAAGCUUCUCUUGCUUUGUGUUUGUCUCCUACUUGAUAGUAGCUAUAACCAAGAAGUUUAUAUCCAGUGAUAUCUUCACACAGGUCACACACCUUCUGAUAUUUUUCAAAAAUAGCCUUUAGUUUUGUAACUUCAUCUUCUUGUACUAAACAUCUGACCAGAAAAUAAAAUGUGAAGAUUAAGGAUGGCCCUUCUAUUUUCAUAUGAGCUGAAAUUUCCAAUUGCAAAUCUUCAUCAAGCACUUUUUGUUCGCUGAAUCCAAAUUCUGUCACAUCACUUUGAAUUUCUUCCUGAGCACUUUUGCUGGCUACAUUCACAACAGUUUCAAGGAUUUGUAUUGCUUCUUUGUAUCUUUUCUGUGACAUCAGAAUGGUGGCAAAUGUGACCUGAGUUCCACAAGAACUGAGGUCUUGAGAUUUCAAUUCUUCCAGAAUAAGUUCUUCUGCCUUCUGAAGAUAUUCAGCUCUCUCUGAAGAUUCCUCAGGAUAGGUGUAAGAGGCUGCAUGGUAUGCACAAGCCAGAUUUCCCUCUAGCAGCUUAAAAUCAGGAUGUUGGUCAGUCAUUCCAAGGAGCUCUUGAAAUAAAAGAAGGUAAAGCCGGCCAUCUUGGAUCAGGAUUGCAGCUUCAUUUAGAAAGUAAACAAGUGGCAUGGGUCCAAGGAAAUGGUUAAGCAUAGGAUACGAAUCCAUCAAAAUCUGAACAGCACUUUUUGGUUGACCUUGGUUUAAGUACAGCAGACUCAUUCUAAAGGUGGUUGUGAAAAACGCAUCAAAUGCAGAACUUCUAAUGUCUCUGUGGACUUUGAACUUUUCCAUGUCUUCCAAAACAAAUGCAACAUUUUUUCGAAAAACAAAGGGGAUCUCUGUAUUGCUGAUGGCAUUUGUGUCUGUAAACUUCAAAAUUGGUGUUAUGGGAUCUUUCCUUAUUUCAAGGAGCCUUGACUCCACAUCUUUCCAUUUCUCCUCUGGCACAUUAUCUACGAGAUUAUUGCCAGGUACAAAAAAGCUGGGGAUGUUUCUUUGUUUAACACAACAAAUCAAACUAUCAAUCAGGUACAACAAGCACCGUCCAGUAUGAGUCUCCCAGAGGGCCUUUGGAAUAACCUCACAAGCAUAGAAAAACACAGUCUUCAAACAGUAUGAAGAAAUCACCUCCAAAUCUUUGAGACAAAGGUGCUGCAGCAUUUUGAAAUAGAUAUAACAUUGACGUUGACCAUCAGUUACAGCAUUCCUUGCCAUUCUUUUUUCUGUAGCUGCAAAAGAAAUUCUCCAUUCUAUGUCUGGAUUGAGGCUGUGCUUGUGUGCAACUGGCACAACGUGGCAUCCCUCUGACACAAUGGAUUCAAUCAAAUCAUCUCCAAGCCAGUUUCCUUUUUUCACUCUUUGGACCCAUUCAGUUGCCUCUGGGGGCCACUGCUUGACCUGAACUGCAUAAACCAUGUCAAGUGGAAUCCUAACACCAUAGGUUUGUAUAUUGUCAGCAUUUAAGACAGUGGAAUACUCAACUGACACUGCUGGACCAUGAAUACCAAUGGAUGUUUGGUCAUCUCUAGAUCUUCCACUGGUCAUCUUCUUGAGAGCUGAGUUCUGAAUUCGGUGUCCGCUCAGGUAUUUUUUAUCAUUGCAAGUCACAACAUCUUUUCGAUCCUCACUGUGCUUUAGUAGCCUCACUCUGCAAUAACCUGGAUGAACAUCAUCAGAUUCUAAUAUGGCUUGGGUAUCCACAUCUUGGAUUGGAUCAUUUGUGGAUAUCUGGAAAUCAUUCUCAACAAACAGUACAUCUGCAUCAACAUAAGUGCCAAGAUGAGAAUCUACUUCAUACGACAUAGAAUAAGGAAUACUAAAGCCUUCUGUUGAACUGCCAACGGGUAUUGCAUUAUUUAUGUGUUUCUUUUCACAAAAUGCUUUGAGCUGUGAUUCUAUGUCAAUGUCUCGCUCUAAAGUUACCAGUUGCUGGGGCAGAAGAAUGGUGAUGAUGUAAGACAAAUGAUGUGGGGAGAGGUUAGCUUUCUCAUCCCAUUCCUCUACUACAAAUGGCACUGCAAAUAACAAAGUUUAGGAAACGUUAAAUUGAUGUGGGAUUUGCAGAGUCAGAGAGAGAUCAAGUGGGUGAUAGGGUAGAUUCCAAUGUUGAUUACAGCUUUCAAGAAAGGUUAGCCUUAAAAAAAUUUUGGUACUUUUCCAUGCCAAGCGAAAAAAACUCUGGAAGAUCAUUAGAAAGUCGAUUUUGUCUUGUAAACACGUUUUUUUCCCCUCACAAUUCGUCUGGUUUGUUGAUAAUACGAACGAAUAAAACACAUUUUAGCCCUGGCAAUAAACAACGAAACCUUCAUCAAUUCUUAUUGAAUACCCAUAUACCUUUUUUAUAAUCUUUCAGGGGUUGCAGCGUCGGUAUCCGCGGGUUUCGCCCAUAACGAGUUUCGCCCAAGAAGCGUUUCGCCCAUAACGAGAAUGGUUUCGCCCAGGCAUAAAUUCGAUUCGCCCAGACUGACAGUCAGUGAUUAUCCAGGCUAAGGGCCUCUUUAGACAUAUGCUUUAGAUGAGCCCGGUAACCGGGCUUUUGUUUUCUGUUCAUACAAUGUUCAUACACGACUUUCAUAAUGGCGGACGUAGCGCGGGGCCUGGGAAUACUAGCACGAAAACGAGGUCGGACAGGCCUCGAUGCGUGGCGUUUAUUAUGCGAAAUUGCGCACGUAAGAUGACAUUCCACGUGCUUCUGUCCUUGGUCGAAAGCCUGAAGAGCUAAAACCGCAGAAUUUCGAUUGUGGGUUAGGUGCAGUGGUGAUUUGUGCAAAGGUCUGAGAACGAAAGCAGAGCUUGUGAAACGAGUGUACGAGUACACCACAACGGGUAAAGACAGAAAUGUUGUUGAAGAAGACCAUUCUUAUUACGCACGAGCCACUAAAAGAUGGUGUGAUUUCAUAGUUUAUACUAGUAAGGGCCUUUAUGUCCAAAGGACACCAUUUGACCCCAUGUUUUAGGGAAAAAACCGAAACAUGAAACAAAAGUUGUUGUCUUACUAUUUCACACAUGAUGGAAAUUGAUGGAAAUUGUCAGGUGGUCAGUACCAACAGUUGUAUGGUGUUACAAAAUGUAACUGUAACUAAAAGUGCAACUUGAUGUCAGAUAUCUUAGUGGAUGCAAUUUACAAACUCUUAGUAACAAUUAUGCCUUUGUGUUUAAAUUAUCAUAAGAAAUGUGUCUUUGCAGAAAAUAUUCUCGUCUCUCAUCUGAACUUUCCUUUCUUAGUCGAACACUUCAUUUCAACCUUUGAUUUCUUGAAACAAUUUUCAAUUCCCCAGAGGUUCCAAAAAUCUGUAUUCCACUGUAAUUUAUACUGGAGCAUUAUAACAGCUUAUAACGAAAUGAAAAAAAACAACAACUGUUUUAAAGAAAGCAAUUUUAUUCUUAAGACUAAAAUCUAACUUUAAAAUAAAUAACUUUAUGAAUAAAUGCAAAUGCUCGGUAAACUUAAUCCCUUAUAUCCUACCAUAAUUCUCAUAAUACCUCAUAAUUCGUUAUCCUACACUUUCAUUACAGCUUAAUUUCUUAUUACAUUUCUAUCUUCACAAACUAACUGAUUCAACUACUAUUCCUUUCGAACCUUCCUUAUCCUGCAUUUGAAUGAUCCAUAACUUAACUUACUAAUAAUUCCUUUUCCUAUAUUCAAUUUCUCAAUAUUUUAUUUAGUUAACAAAUUGUAAUUAGGACCGCGCGUCUAUUCAUAAACAACACAAUUACUAUUGGUAUUCAAAUUACAUUUGACUUCACUUUGGAAACAAUAGCGUGCCAAGUAAACUUCAGUUUUCUUUUCAAAUUCUAUUGACAAGUGAAAAGGUGAGAUUUUUUUGGCCAGAGUAAACAACGGUUCUUUUCAAGUUCUAUUGACUAGUGAAAAGGUGAGAUUUUUUUGGCAGGAGUGAACUUCGGUUCUUUUCAAAUUCUAUUGACUAGUGAAAAGGUGAGAUUUUUUUGCAAGAGUAAGCUUUUCAAAUUCUAUUGAUAAGGUUUGAUUGAGAUUUUUUGUGCAAGACGGUAAUUUCCUUUAAGUUAAAGCUUUCGUACCGCACGCUUCGUUGGAGUAGUAAAGCUAUUCCACGCAAACGCACUCAUGAACUUGAUUAGUUUCUAUCUCUUUUCCAAUUAUAUGUUGCCGUUACCUAUGUCAGAAAUACAAUCUUUAACUCUCGAUUCCUUUGUUUUAGUAUUCCCGAAACCGUAUUCACAUGUAUUCAUAAGCUGGCGUGCGGAACUUAUCUUCCGUGUACAAAAGAUUUGCAACGAUGAUAUGUUCCACGCGCAAGUGUUUUCAAAAGCGUUUAAUUUAAUUCUCGAGAAGAAAAGUGAUGCAAAAAAAUCAUAGCAAUGCUUUUAUGACAAACGGACGUCUCUGCAGUAUUUCGUGCGCGAAUUACCUUAACAAUCCCCGCUCCACAGUGAAAGCUAUAAUUGACUUGUUCGUUUCAACAGUAACUUGUUCGUUUCAAAAUUUCAUGAUCUCAGGUCAAGUCACUUUUCUUCAUUCUGUGCAUACAAAAGUUUAUAAGGUUGACGUUUUCCGAGUGAGAGUGUAGAAGUUUUACUUAUGGGCGAAACCUUUAUUGUUCUGGGCGAAACCAUUCUCGUUCUGGGCGAAACGAUAUGUGCGAAACUCGUUAUGGGCGAAACCCGCUAUAACCGCAGCGUCUAUGCUCCUCAGUGUUAAAAGUUUAAGCUAACUUAAAGUAAGAAAUUAUAAUUCCAGCAAACGUGAUCGCGAGCCAUACUGCAUCCAUUGUGUUAACAAGGUCCUCAUCAACAUCACAUUACCCCAAGCCCGGAGUGAAGUUUCGAAGAUUUUUUCUGUACCAUUUCUGUAACGCCUAUGAAUUUUUUACAUUCACGGUAGCGCCAAAAACACAACAAAUGAUCUUUCCAAACAUACCUGAUAAACAAAGAUCAUUAAUUUCUGCUGGAACAUCUGACAUACCGCUCUGCUCGGACAUCACGAUCCGGCUUCUGACAUGUCUGCUCAAGUAUUGAUGUUUCCUUGUUAAAUAAGGGGGGUUUGAAAUAUGUCAGCUUAUAAGUCGUCUUAAUUUUCUGUAUUUUCCAUGCUCCAAGCGAGCAUGAGACUGUUUCAAUCCGAGAGUAAGUGAAGAGUACACAACAACCUGUUUCCGGGUUCCGCGAAAAGAGAGAGCCCUGGGGACGAGGGUAAGUGACGUCACCAUUGGAACAACCUUAAGCCUUACAUAAACAAGGAGUUCCUCUGAUGUUGCCGUGUUUUAAGAGAAAGUGGGGAUUCUUUACAUCUCAGUUCCACUUUCGGUCGAAAACUAGAUAGGAACGUUCUAUUUCUUGCGGUGUUAGGGUCCUUGAGAGCGGUCGAUUCGCAAUUUUAUGAGAUGUGGUCAAUACAGCGUAACCGGAGGCCUUGGGCUGUGCGAACCUGCGAGAGAUCUACAAGGGGUUUAGCAAUGCCAGACUUUUCCCUCGCGCGGAAAAACGCGCGACCUGCAGCGAUAUUAGUGUCAGACUCCCCGCAAACCUCUCCCCGACUUGUCUUAAAAAUUCCUGCGGGCGGAGGAACACGGGUCUUCCAGCGAAAAUAAUGAAGUCCUCUUUGCAACUUCUUGUGUUCCGAGGGAUGUGACGAAAACUCAGACCCCAAGAGCCAAGAGCUCAGUCCGUAAAAAGGAAAGAUCCUCACGGACUGAUGGUUCUGAGCAACAUAAUUCACUUUCUUUUGUUCUCCAUCUCCAAAAUCGUCAAUAUGUAAUUUCGUUAUGGUCAUUCUCAAAAUGUGUGCUUUAAAGAGUACUACAAACCUUUCAGUAGGUGAGAACAUGCGCAAAUCUAUUAUCGUCUGAGUAACCAUACUUAUAUCAAGUUGUCGACUCAGUUAUCAUAUCAAAGGGCCAUUAACUGGGGGACAAUGUUGAUUGUGGGGUCUGAUAUCAUCUAAGGGUUUAGACGCUGAAAGUUUCGUCCUCGGGAAUUUUUUGUUCUCAGUCGGGAGAAGCCCUUUUUUCUUUCAAUUACACGCCCUUUGAAAUUAUUGUUUGAUGUCUCUCCUUUUUUUUUGGCAUACAGGAGUCGCCAUUCCACCUAAUCGCUGUGAAAGUGACUUGAUACAAGCUCCUUGUGGUGCAAAACGACUAUCAACCUGUGACUGGAUUGUACUAAAAUCAAUGAGCAAGGUAUUGUUGCAGAGAAUGAGAGGUUUUUAUCUACAAUAUCUAUCCCUACGUUAGUUAAAGGCAUCACACAUCCUGGCAUUCUCAAGUUGAAAUCCCUUCUUCUUAGAGGCAGUCUUUCAUCUUGCAUCCUCUCGUGAUUAAGGCCUUUUCCGGUUGGGUGAAGGUUGAACUAACAGAGGCUGUCCCACAGUCUUGUAUUCUCGUGUGAAUUACCUCCCUUUAGGUUGGAUAGAGGGUGAACUGACACAGGCUGUGAACAAAUUUCGAUUUCCAAACACGUCAAAAGCAGUUGAUCGGUAGAAAAGGCCAUUCUGUUUACUGUUCAAUUCAGCCUUGUCAAAAUCGUCGUGUUUGGUGAAUGAAACUGAAACAUGGAAUGAUUUAGUUCUUUUUUUUCCUCUCCCCCUAGUAAAGUAUACCUGCACCGUCUAAUUCCCUUCUUUCUCUUCAGGAUCAGUCACAGUCCAGCACGAGCCUUGUUCUACAGGUCCCCAUUGGACAAAUGGAACACAGUUUGCCUAUCAUAGCUCUUACUGUUUUCUCGACCAUGGCUGGAUGUGUACUGAUUCUUCGGAACGCCAUUGUAACAUCUUUUAAAAUUUAAACGCUGAAACCUCUAAAGAGAAUUUAUGGUUGAAUAUGUGUCUUUGAUAUUUAGACCUUUGCUCCGAAAAUUUGUAAUAAAGUCUAGAAUUAUUAAAUUGAAGUUGCUG